GAAAAGCAGGUGAAAGAUUUACACCACGAUGUCAGAAAAGUCAACCAACGAUGCGGACAAAUCUGAUGCUAACGUAGCAUCACAUUAUGAUGAAGAAAACUCUGCUGUUGACAAAGUUUCCACCUCAGACCAAGAAGGUGGUGCAGUGUUCGAGGACACACAAUCGAGACUGGAUCCCGGCACCCCGCCGAGAAAAAGCAUCAGUCGCGAAGACCAGCUGCAGGAUGGAGCUGCUCCCCGUAUAGACGACGACGAAGAAGAAGAAUACACACAGCACCUCCAGCAGCUCGAGGAGGAGCGAAACUUGGCCCUCCAACGCAACGUCCAGAUGCAGAUGAGACUAGAAGAAUUCUUCCGCAAGACAGACGUGUCUGAGCCGGAGCAGUUGCAGGACUACGAGGAGAGCCUAGGCAUCCUGAUGGACCUGAAGCAGCAAUACGUCAUAAAGUCGGAGGCAGCUCGGCGCCGGGAUGAAGAGCUCGGGAUCCAGGAGCAGGGGGAGCUGGACAAGGCGGAAAACGAGUGGCAGGCAUUCCUGACACGGAAGCGAAACGUCGGUCUGGCGCUGCUGAGGCGGUGUCUAGAUAAACAAGCGGCUGAGGCCAAGUUGGAGCCAAUCCUGGCAGCGGAGAGGCUUUGGCACGAUGAGCUGGUGAAGGCACGGCUCACAAAUAUCAAGCUGGAGAUGAAGCUUGCUAAACUGGAAAAGGAGCUGUGGAUAACAGAAGAAAAGGCUCGAAACCCCGUACAGGUUGAGUUUGAGCUGCUGCAGGUGCAAAAGCAGAAGUUGAAGAAAACGCUUGAAAACCAAAAUAAAGAAGCGGCAAAGCUGCUCAGGGAGACCUCCAGCAACUUGGAGCUUCUGUCCAGCAUAAAGGAGGAGCUGGACUGGAGUCAGAGGCAGCUUCAGAUGAAUCAAGAGCAACUGGCUGAUGUGGAAGCAGUGUUCAUCCAGAAGCGGGACACCUUGGCUAGAAUCAAGGAGAUUUGCAACAAACUGCACAAAGACAUUCUCAAGCUGAAGGAGAGUCGAGGGCUAAUGGGGAACCGAAUCCUGCUUCAGGGCUUCGAGGAAGCUGUUGAUGCUGCUGAACAUCUGGAAGAAAGACUGGAAAAUCUGAGAUACUGUCUUGCAAAAAUUAAUCCCUGCUGUGAUAAUCAAAACCUCUGUAGGGAGAGCUCAAUCCAGUGUGAAGAUGAGACUUGUGUGGUAGGGUUUGCAUUUUUUUUUUUUCUUCUUUCUCUCUUCAUCUGUUUUUCUUGAACCUUUCAAAAUUAAUCCACUGCUUGGCGAAUGUUACCUUCAGUAGGGCUGUGAUGACCUGAUACUGAUCUCCUGGUUCAAAUCCAUCACCAUUCUUGGCUGCUGGUGUAACAUGUAUCUGUUAACAGGCUUUAGCGGUCUCAUGGGAUCGCUUAGUGUAGUCCGCUUGCACACUUUGUAGUGAGUAGAUCAUCUGGUUCCAUUAGACUACUAAAUACCUCCUGAGUAGUCUAAUACCCUAUGGUUUUUUUGUGUACUGCUUCUUGGCUACGAUAUAUAGUUGUAAGCUAGUUUAUGUUUUCAGAUGUAGGUAGAGUUUGCAUUUAGACUUUGUGUUUCAAAGUGAAUAAACAGUUCUUUCACUUUGUUAUAUUUCAGCACUAGAGGGCGCCAAUCAAUGUGGAAUGUUUCUAAGACUGUGAACUUGAGAACCCUAAACUACAAGCAGUGGUCAGUGACUGAAGCCUUCAAUAUUUCUAAAUCUUAAAUAAUCAAACUAUUGCUGCAUCAAAUGUCACGGUGAUGUUUACUAGCCCCACCACUCUCCUCAAUCGCCUCCAUGCAUUUACUCGAAGUUUCCUUAAUGGGUCAUACAGCUGCUUGAGAUCUUGGACCAACCGACAUUGAAGUUUGGAUGAUUUGAAAGACGAGGAGGAUGUAGCAGCAGGGGAGGCUUGCAUUGAGUGAUGAAUGAAGUGACACAGCGCUUGAGCAUAAUGAUCAACUGGGAUACAAGGAUACGGUCUGAGUGACGUAGGACCUUUGAGUCUUUGAUUGAUAUGGACUUAUACUUCAUUGCAGGUAAGUUGAACCCAAGCAUUUAAUGUUUUUUGGUCAACUUAAUUUCAUUUGCUGCAUUUCAGGCCUGCAAUACAUUUUUUUUAUAAAGUGAGACAGGCAAUUUGAAAAUGAUCGAAACAGGUGAUUGGAAUGAUGAUUU